AUGGGCACCCAAUUACCAGCCCCCUCACACCGCAGCGCGCACACCGCACACCUAGACGAGGAGCUCCGCCUCUUUUCUAGACUCACCAAGAUUGGUAUACGCGGUGGUAAGACUCGAUCAUUACCAUCGCCUACAUGUUGGCAUGGCAGCUGUAGCUUUCGCGCUGACAAGUCGCAGACUCCCGACAGCUUCCUCGGAGAAGUACAACCAAUAUCACACAUUGUCAAAACAAUUGUAUGCAUCGUCAGAGGUCUUGUACAAGAAUCACCGAAACUCGAACACGAAGACAUUGAGCGCUCAACGAUACUCGGGCUCGCAGUUGCCUCUUGUCGCGCCACAUUAGCUGCGAAAGGAACAACACCCAAACCAGCAUCUCGCUCGUUGAGAUCGCACAUGCACUCUGAUUGCACACGUCUAUACAAUCUGUGGCAAGCAAAGGCGGCUCGACAUCUUGUACGAUGCUAG